AUGCCCGCAGGGCAGUCCACAGCGACCCCCAGCCAGGCAACUCCUACCAGAGAAGCCAGCAAACGCCCUCGAUCCCCGUCGUCGGCCACCACUGAGCCCCGCAAGAGAACCAAGAUGAGCGCAACUGCCAUCCUCGAAAAGGCCAUGAAAGACAUCAAGGCGUGGGAGGAAUCGCAGCAGUCUUCGUUGUCUUGGGUGGCGAUCGCAGAGAAGAUCAUCGACGACGGGAAGACGCAGCAGAUCGAGUGCUCGGAGGAAUAUGUCAAUGUCCAGAACAUACUGCGCGUUUAUCGCUAUGCCGUGGAGCAGAUGUUUAAUGAGCUGGAAGAAAUGUUGCACGACUUGCAUCAUGAUAAGCCCUGGACUGCGUGGCGCAAUGUUCGGCAGGUCGUGACUGAUUUGAUCGAUGCCAAUGGAGACGAUGUCGAAGGCGUCGAAGCUGUUCGGGCGAAGUUGGAGGAAGCGGAAGGGGAGAUUUACGGAUCUGGCGAGGAAUCGUCUUCGUACACUUCGGCUUUUGCAGAGUCGCUAGAGGUUGGGGCUCUGUACCGAGGAUGCGUUAGAGGACACAUCACAAACCUAAAGAUGGUUAUUUGA